GUGGUGUAUGUGAGGGGUCAGGGAGAGUGCGAGGUCUGCAACUCUCUGACAAGCAAGGCGAAGCAAAAUGUCUACUUAAAUAUUUUUACUCUUUUAUGCAAUCGGAACUCCCAAGAUGCUCACCAUGCUUCAUUCUACAACUUUUCCCUCAGCAAUCGAAUCCUAAGACAGAACUGAAUAUUUUUUGCACGCUAAUACCAGCUAGCUUGCUAAUCUAUGCUCUCUUGAUAGACAUCAGUGUGUAGAGGCAACUUCACGUCAUCUGUGUAUCCCUGUUUUCUUGGAACUACAGUAUUUCUGUACGGACAUCACUUUUCAAGUUUAAACAUGGAGUUGCCUCAAGAAAUCGAGGUCAGUCCUGUCAACUUCCAUCAAGGCUGCAGGCCCGACAGGAACCCCAGGCUUGCCAAACUCUCGCUCCCGGAGUUGGGUGGGAAGGCUUCCCCCUGCAUCAAGAAUCUUUUUGCUUCCCCAACUGUUCUGUCUCCUGUGACAAAUUUGGCUUUAAACAUGACCAAUCUCGCAGUUCUCGGAAGUCAAUGUGAUACCCCUAAACGGAAGACGAACGUCCCGCUUUUAAAGAUCCCUUCCUAUGCCUCAGACGCCUCCUCCGAUGCUGGUCUUGGUAUGGAUUCUCCUGGACCACUAGACUUGGUUGAUGCUGAUCAAAGGUUUAAGGAUGCCAUACAGAGAAUGGGACAGCAAAGCGACGAAAAGGCACCCAUCAGAAGAAUCCAUUCCCUUCCGACUCGGUUCUUGGCAAUGAGCCCUACUUUCCAGCAAAAAGAUCCAGAGCUUCAUCGUUUCUUUGGCCAGUCCCACUCCAACGCUAACAAAGAAAACAUACAGGACAGCUCAGUAUUUAAGAAACCCUCUCUCCCUGUGUCCCGCUCUCGACUAAGAUCAAGCCCCAACAAAGAUGCUUUUGCUCAGCGGCCCAACUCUGCCCCUGCACUUAUGCUCUCGCCGCCCUCCAGUCACUUUGCAUCACUGGACGACAGCAGCCCACUCUUCCUACGCCGCUCCUCGCUGACUAGCAGUCUCCAUGACGACGACGAUGAUGGGUUCCUUGACGUUCUGGAUGACAUGGAGAAUGAGUCGGACGUCCCGGCAGGCAUGGCCAGUCUCCUCACGGCUCCCCUGGUCACCAACAGAUCACCCACAGAGGACCUCAGCGUGCCGUUGAUUCGCUGUCGGCCGCGGGGUCUCUUCCGGUCUCCGUCCAUGCCCAAUCCCCAGGCUCGCUCCCACCUCAAGAGGCAGGAGCGUGUGGACGACAACACGCCAAUCAGAGUGAAGAGGAGGCGGAGUUUGGCCGGCACUCACUUCACCGAUGAAGAGCAGUACAAGCCCCAACAGACGGCCUGUGCUCACGUUCAGAGGUCAAAAUCAUUCUGUCAGACCGAGAUUGAAAAGCUGCUGGACAGCGACACUCAGAAUGUGAUUGGAGACUUCACCAAGCCCUUGGUUUUCCCGACUGUAGAUGGGAAGCAUCAGGACCUGAAAUACAUCACGGCGGAUACGAUGGUAGCAGCGCUCAACGGCCAAUUUAAUGAGCUGGUGGAGCGUCUGAUUGUCAUUGACUGCCGGUACCCGUACGAGUUCGAAGGAGGUCACAUCAAGACUGCACUGAACCUGCACCAGGAGGACCAGAUUGAGGCCUUCUUCAUGAAGAAUCCAAUUAUCCCCGAGUGUGCGGAGAAGCGCGUGGUGCUGGUGUUCCACUGCGAGUUCUCGUCGGAGCGUGGGCCGCGCAUGGCCCGUUACGUGCGGGAGCGCGACCGCGCCCUCAACGAGUACCCACACCUCCACUACCCCGAGCUCUACAUCCUCAAGGGAGGCUACAAGGAGUUCUUCCCCCUCCACCAGGCUGAGUGUGAACCUCAGGCUUACCGUCCCAUGCACCACGAAGACUUCAAGGAGGACCUUAGAAAGUUCCGGCUCAAGAGUCGUACGUGGGCAGGGGAACGCAGCAAAAGGGAUCUUUACAGCCGUCUGAAAAAGCUCUGACUGAAACACACGCCAUGUAACACUUAAACACUCCCCUUAACCCGGUCACUGCCAUUUUUUUUUAAACAACAGUCUACUUCAGCACACUCUUGUGCAUUCGGUUUUAAUAACACAAACACACACACGCGCACACACUCAAACACAUGUGCAAUACACACAUGCCAGUUUGUACGUGGUCUGUAUUUUAGAAGUUGAUGCUCAGGUGUAAUCAUCCAUCCAAAAAAAAUCCAGAAAGGAAGGAAAAAAGGUAACAAAAAUUAGCACUUCUUCGUUUGGUUUUGAAUUGUUUUUAGUGCUAAUAUCAAUUGAAGUUUUUUUUUUUUUUUAAAUAUCUUUUGCUUUUGUCUUUUUUUACAAUUUGGCUACUUUGUUAUUCUCCACUGCCACUGUGAGAUGCGAUAUUGAUUUGUGUGUGCUCUACACUGUUCUGAAGGUUUUGCUGAGUAUUCUCGUGUGUGUGUGUGCAUGCGAGCCCCUGCUCGUGCGUGUUCACUUGUCAUGGAGAUCUAGUGUGCAGGUUAUUCUGAUUAUUGCUAGUAUCUAUUAGAAUUAUUUAUUUAGCAGGGCCCAGUUUUCCCUGAAAUAUUUAUCAUAUAAAUUAUUAAUCCUCAUAUUUCACUCCAAGAAGGUUGACGCCAUGUGUACCACGCACGUACGCGCACACACACAAGUACGCACACAAGCAAACGGCUGUGAGUGCACACACGCAGACAUACACACAGACACGCACGCACACGCAUGCAAUCUGCUAACCACUAACUCCACCAGCGGUCUCUUCCCUUCCCCCUCCUCCUGCUUUUGCACUGAAGGGGAGCUAUGUAGUGAACUAACCCGUGUCUCACACAUUACUGAAAAACUUGAAUAUUUUGAGGGAGGGGUGAGGGACGAGACUUGUCUGGGUGAGAGAGCUUUUCUUUUUUUUUUCUUUUUUUUAAUUUAAUGACUGACCAAAAAGUAUUCCACCUAGAGAAGUGCAUUUGACCUAUUUGGAAUGCUGCAGGACAGCCUGAAAUGUUUGUAAAUUUGAUUCGGUCUCUGAAUUUGUAUUUGGUUUUAUAUUUUUCUUAAUUUCUCACAUGGUCCCCAUCCACCAGAGACCUCUUCUGUACAGUGUAUUUUUCUUCGCUUUUGUAAUUGCAUAAAUAUUGCUGUACAUUUUGGAUGUGUGUAUACAAUUCCUGUGUGUUUUUGAAUGAGAUGUGUGGCCGAGAUGGUCUGUGAAAACUGAGAUUCAGUGUGUGGAGGUGGGGAAAAAAUAAACAGCCAGAAUGGA